GGGAUGGAAUGGGAUGGGAUGGAAAUAAAACUAUCCUUCAUGCCCACGUGCCUAGAAUCCAUCACUGGAGUACUGCUGUUAGAGAGACUCUCACUUGACUGAUGACAUCUUGAGCUCUCUCCAGCCUCUGGGUGUGAGUUCUGGAACAAUGUGGACCUUGGCACUAUGGGUGUUCCCUCUACUCUGCAAAUGCAGCCUGGCAGCUCUGCCAGCUAACCCCGAGAACAUUUCCUGCAUCUUAUACUUCAACAAAAAUAUGACUUGCACAUGGAGUCCAGAGGAGGAGACCAGCGGCACCAACUAUACCGUGAGGCUGACUUACUCCUUUGGGAAAAGCAUUUGCACGGCUUAUACCACGAAGGCUUCGUGCUCCUUUUUCCCACCGUGUGUGUUACCCCCAGACAACUGCAGCGUGCAAGUAGAAGCUCAGAAUGGAGAUGGGAAAGUGAAAUCCGACAUCACGUACUGGGACUUGGACCACAUAGUGAAAACUGAACCUCCUAUAAUUUUAAGUGUGAAUCCGAUUUCGAACCAAAUGUUCCAGAUACGGUGGCGACCCCGUGAAAAGCUUCGUGUUUAUCAUCUAAUGUGCAUGCUUCGGUUCAGGACUGUCAACAGUACCCACUGGACGGAAGUCCAUUUCGAGGAUCAUGACUUGGUCUACAAGAAUCAUAACUUGGUCUACAACCUCAUGGGACUUCAGGCUUUCACGGAAUAUGUCAUAGCUCUGCGAUUCAGGGUCAAGGAGUCAAGAUUUUGGAGCCACUGGAGCAAAGAAGAAACCGGGGUGACCACGGAGGAAGUGCCCCAUGUCCUGGACCUCUGGAGAGUCCUGGGACCGACAGAUGAGAACGGAGUGAGGAAAGUGCUGUUGCUGUGGAAGAAGGCAAGAGGAGCCCCCGUCUUGGAGAGAACACUUGGCUACAACAUACAGUACUUUGCAGAAAACAGCACUAGUCUCACAGAGAUAAACAAUGUCACAAACCAGCAGUAUGAACUGCUUCUGACGGGCCAGUCAUACCGCGUGUCUGUGACUUCUUUUAAUUCCCGUGGGAAGUCCCAAGAGGCCGUCCUGAGGAUCCCAGCUGUCGAUGAGGACACCAUCCAGUGCAUCCGCGACCUGGAAGCCCGCCUGGCGGAGCCCCUGCUGGUGCUGACGUGGCAGAGCACCAUUCCUGAGGUGGACACUUGGGUGGUGGAGUGGUUCCCGGAAACCGUCCCGUCCGAGUUCCCUUCCUGGGAAGCCGUGUCUCGGGUCACACACUGGACCGUCGAGCGAGAUAAACUAAAGCCUCUCGUGUGCUAUAACAUAUCAGUGUAUCCAGUGUUGGGGCAACAAGUGGGAGAGCCACGUACAAUCCAAGUGUAUGCCAGAGAAGACGCUCCAAAAGAAGGUCCUAAGACCUGGGCAGAGAACAUUGGUCUGAAGACCGCCACAAUCAUAUGGGAAGAGAUUCCCAAGAGUGAAAGAAAUGGAUUUAUCAACAAUUACACCAUAUUUUACCAAGCUGAAGGUGGAGAAACAUUCUCCAAGACAGUCGACGCCCGUGUCCUGCAGUAUGACCUGGAGUCCCUGACACGAAGGACCUCUUAUACUGUUUGGGUUGAGGCCAAGACUGGAGCUGGGGGAAAGAGUGGGAACAUAAUCAACUUCAGGACAUUAUCAAUCAGUAUCCUUGAAAUUAUCUGCCUAUCAUCUCUGGUCGGAGGAGGCCUUCUUCUACUUAGCAUCUUCACAGUGACUUCUGCUCUCAAAAAGCCAAACCGGUUGACUCGUCUGUGUUGUCCUGAUGUACCCAACCCUGCGGAAAGUAGUUUAGCCACAUGGAUUGGAGAUAAUUUCAAGGAGAAGUCAAGUCCGAAGGAGCCUGAAAACUCUGGGAACACAGAAGGCAGGGUCCUAAAACCAUGUUCUGUCCCUGCUGACCUCGUUGACAAGUUGAUGGUGAACUUUGAGACUUUUCUGGAAGUUGUUUCUACAGAGGAAGCUAGAAAAGGUCAAGAGAGCAUUUUGGGAGGGGAAGAGAAUGAGUAUGUGACCUCACCAUCUAGGCCUGACUGUCCCCCGGGGAAAAGUUUUAAGGAGGCCUCUGUUUUAACCGAGGCUGCUCCUGGAGAGGCCUAUAACCAAUGUCUGGGAACGACAGAGGAGACAUACACAGAAUUCAACGAGCAGCUUCUGUCUUCCGGCCACAGUCCAGAACGAGAGCCUCUCUGUGAGGAGCGAGCUCCAAAUCCAUAUCUGAAAAAUUCAGUGACAACCAGGGAGUUUCUUAUCCCAGAGCACACCAAGAGAGAAAUCUAGGUGCAGCUGUGGCGUGAGGCCCUCGGAGACCGAAUGGAUCCCUUCCCUAGCAAAGGCAGGAGACUUCCGGAAGCCUUCUUCGGCCCCUCCCCAUUCAUUUGGCUGCUAAGCUGCCUGGGACGUGGUGAUUCAGACGUCAGCUUGUGCUUUACAGGGAAAAGUAAGUCACUUUCUUCUGGGGACUCCCUCCCAGGCCCCUUGAAAUGAUGGCAUCAAGAGAAGGACCCAGCUUUGGAGCUUAAAGGACCCCUGAGGUGGACACGUCUGGCCUUAUUCUCAGGAACCAAGUUGCCCCGGCCAUAGCCGAAGCUGCCCUCGUGGUUCCAGGACAGUUGUUUCCUUGGUCUCUCCGCUUCCUCACCCUGUCCCUGAACAAGAUGUCUCUUCUUGGUGCAGAGGCCAGGAAAUGGAGGGAAUUCCUAAUGGUUUCCCAGGCUCCUCAGCCCUUGCUCCAUCUCAAGGGUCUCCAUUCCUAGGACUCUUCAUCACCCGUUUAUGUUUAGUUUUUUAUGUUGCAACACUGGGGGGUGAAC